UUUUAUUCGCUCUAACAACCGGACCUUUCUCCCAACCAACCCAUUCUCCUGUAUAUCAACCCUCUCUCCAGCCUCUCAUCAAACACCAACACCUCUCUCUCUCUCCACGCAUUUCUCCCUUCCUCUCUCGCCAUGUCUUCUUCUUUUUCUCCAAAUCCAAUCUCUCCGAGCAAGCUUCGAUCGGACCUCUACAGCUUUCCAUGCGAAGACGAGCCGUCGGCGCCAUUGGUGAUCUCGGUUCUUGCAUCCCUUGUGGAGAGGACCAUUGCUCGAAACGAGAGGGUCGUCGGAGAAUGCGGCGUUGUGGCUUUGAAGGAUGGGAGAAGUCGGGCUUUCUACAGCCGCCACGUCCUGGAUAUGACCAUCCAAUCGUUUCUGGAGAGGUUCUUUCGAUACGCUCGUGUCGCCCCGCCCGUCUACGUCGUCGCGUACGUCUACAUGGAUCGGCUGUGUCAUUUGAACCCUGGCCUCAAAGUUUGCUUGAUGAAUGUGCACAGGCUACUAAUUACCAGUAUUAUGGUAGCCUCCAAAUUUGUGGAGGAUAGGAAUUAUCGGAACUCAUACUUCGCGAAAGUUGGGGGAAUAUCGACGUUGGAGUUAAACAGCUUGGAGCUCAAUUUUCUCUUCUUGAUGAAGUUUAAGCUACAUGUGAGUGUUAGUGUCUUUGAGAGCUACUGCAGCCACUUGGAGAGGGAGGUGAGCUUUGGAGGAGGAUACCACAUCGAGAGGAGCCUAAAGUUUAUGUGUGGUGGAGAGAGCACUUCUAAAGAGCGAGAAAGAAGGGAACUGAAUCAACUGGCCCGGGUCCUUUAGCGGAGCAUCCAAUUCAGCAGCUAACUCGCAAUGUCAGCUGGCCAUGGCAUGUAUAUAGGAAGUUACUGUUAAUUUCUAAUGUGUUGUUUGGUUGAGAAAGACGCAUGAAACUCUUUGAUUCCAUUGCUUCCCCUGUUACUGUCCCUCUCCAUGUUUUUUUAAUGAAUGUUGUACAGAGCUUUGUGCCGAUUUGAUAAUGAUGCCGAUGUCCU